AUGUAUUUUCAUGGGGCAUCCAAUGCUUUGGGGCACGGAAUUGGUGCAGUGUUGAUUUCUCCAGACGAAAAGUAUUAUCCAGUCACAGCAAGAUUGAAUUUCAACUGUACUAAUAAUAUGGCGGAGUAUGAGGCAUUGGUAAUGGGAUUACAAGCAGCAAUUGAGAUGAAGGUCGACACGAUAGAUGUUUAUGGAGAUUUGGCUUUGAUGAUAUGCAAACAAUUCAAGGAAAUCAGCUUCAACCAUUUGCCUCGAGAAAAGAAUCAGAUUGCUAAUGCUUUGGCCACUCUCGCAGCUAUGUUCAAAAUAAAAGAAGUGGCUGAUGUACGCCCUUUUGAUUUAGAAGUCCGUGAAGUCUCCACACCCUGCUUGAACAUCGAAGAAGAGGUUGAUGGUAGGCUGCUGUAUCAUGAUAUUGGGCAAUACAUCAGGCACCAAGCAUAUUCGGAGAAUACCACGGACAAUGAUAAGCGGACUUUUAGAAGAUUAGCAACGGGUUUCUUCUUGAGCGGAGAAGUGCUCUACAAAAGAAGUCAGGAUCAAAUACUUUUGAAAUGUGUAGAUACUACUGAAACCAACAAAAUAAUGAAAGAAGUCCAUGAGGGAACUUGUGGAGCUCAUGCUAAUGGACAUAUGUUGGCUAGACAAAUUAUGACAGCUGGCCUCAUUGCACGUUUUCACGGCACCUUGGCCAUUUUCAAUGUGAGAAUAGAUGUGAUUAGGCUUAUUACACCAAAAGCCUCUAAUGGACUUCAAUUCAUAUUGGUGGCCAUUGAUUAUUUCACGAAAUGGGUAGAAGCGGCUUCAUAUGCCAAUGUGACACAAAAGGUGGUGUGCAAGUUCAUCCAAAGGGAGAUAAUAGGCAGAUAUAGGCUGUCGAAAAUGAUCAUUACUGAUAAUGCAAGCAAUUUGAAUGGUGCGAUCGUGAAAGAGGUUUGCGCUAAAUUCAAAAUCAAGCAUCAUAACUCGACAACUUAUCGUCCGAAGAUGAACGGAGCAGUAGAGGUAGCCAACAAAAACAUUAAAAAGAUUGUUGAAAAGAUUACUGAAGUCUAUAAAGACUGGAAUGAGAAACUUCCUUUUGCCUUGCAUGCAUAUCGAACUUCUGUGCAUACCUCCACGGGGGCAACUCUGUACUCAUUAGUAUAUGGUAUAGAAGCAGUUCUACCUGUUGAAGUGGAAAUCCCAUCAUUGAGGGUGUUGAUGGAAAUAGAAUUGGAAGAUGCUGAGUAG